GAGUGGAUAAGAUCCCCUCGGACAUUCAUUGAACACGACGAUUUGCGCCCCCAAUUCACCUCGCAAUACAAGGAAAACACUUAUCGAAGAUUGAGUUACAGAAAGUGAGAAAUGGAGGUGGGUAUGUCUCUGAACACGCUGAUUCGGCUUCCCUUAUCGAGUUCAAGGACAGUUGAAGAUGGUUUAGUGAAGCAUUCACUCAGUUCUUCUAGGAGAACGACCCAGCAGCCUCAACAGAGGCAGAAGCAAAUGUUGGUGGUUCAAGCGAAGGGAAGGAAAGGAAUGCAAGCUCGUCAGUUUCAGAGGCAGCCGCCUCCUUCCUUGCCCAAAAUAGAAGACGACGGCAACCCCAGAUUUGUCAUCUUCAUUCGUAUAGCUAAUGUUUAUCUUUGGUAUCCGCUUAGCCUAAUUACAGGUGGCACCACUGCCAAAAUCAUGGUUGCAGCCAAGGAUAACUUUCUGGGGAAAUACAUAUACAAAGAUACACUUGCUAGAAAUCUCGCGGCAGUUAUCUACCGUGAUGAGAAGGCGAUACAAAAGACGGCAUUUAAGCAGUAUCGUGUAUUGCGUACAGCUACUGACUUCAGAUAUGGUUACAAAAUAGUGGAAAAUGGCAAUGUGAGAUCUGCCCUUUCUACCACAGAUGUUAUUGAGCUGCCAACGCAAGAUGAGCUCAAGACAGUUCUUGAUAAAGUGAAAGACUUCUUCGGGGAUGCAAAAGAAUCUUUUGGGAAGCUGACAGCUCUGAAUUCUAGCACAACAGAUGAGUUAGAGGAAAAGCCUAAAGAGAAGGCGAAGGUUAAAGGCUGAAGAAGGAGAAGAAACCAUUUGUAUUGCAUGUCACUGUGGUCACGGGUUGUGCAAGAGCCACAAUCCUUCAGUGUACGGUGAGCUCGAAGGUCGAAAAGCUAAAGUACGGUUGUUUAUUUAGAUGCUUAUAUCUAAACUUUUUGUUCUUUGAUAGUUCUGUUUAAAUGCAAAAUUUAGCAUGUUUUAAGGCAUAUACAUGAGAUGUCGCACCAUCUUUUCUACUGAAUGGGGUUUAGUUAAAUCGCCUUUUUAGCA